GUUACAUUUGGUGUAACACACGCGACUGAACGUUCCGUCAGCAUGGUUGUCUCAUGGUACAGUUAUAAGUAGUUCUGUAAUUUUGUGCUGUGCACGUUUUUAGUAUAUUGCCACAUAGUGAUACAUAUUUAGUAUUUUCCGCGUUACAAUGCAUGUCACGUGUCUGCGUUGACGUUAGAAAGCUUUAACAUGUAAACAUCUGGAGAAGUUCAUUUAUGCUAGUAAGUUCGUGCUCAGUCUAAAAUCUUAUUUAUUAGGUCAAUUAGAUAAAACCUCGAGAUGUCUAAAACUAAGCUAAAGAAGAAUGCGGAAAGUGUCCAGACUAAUGGUCGGUCAGAACAUCAGAAGAAGGAAAAGAAACAUGAAAACAACAAAAAGACGUUCUUCUACAAAAUGAAGAAAAAGAAAACGAAACCUGUAAAGCCUAACAUUACACCCCCCACGAAAGUUGAGGAGUAUUCGUGCAACUGGAAGAAGUUACUGCAGACUCUCUCUGCAAAUCCUCAGAAGAAGAACGAAGACACAAAACAGGUGAAAGAUGCAAACGCUAAGGGCAAGCAGUUUCAGAAGACGCCGUUGGUUUCCAGAGACUCCCAUAAAGCAGAUAAACACUUCAAAAAACCCACGCGGACCGUCAAAACUGCUUCUGAGACAUCUGGAAGGGUAGAAGAAGAUGGAGAACAGAUGAACGGGAAAGACUUCACCGGACACAAACAGUUCAAAGCAGAGAAGAGGAAAAGAAAGGAUGUAAAAGAUAAAGCAACGAACAAAAAGAAGAAAGCAGAGGAGGUGGAAAGGAAAACGGAAGAGCCUGAUAUCUGGUUCGAUGACGUGGACCCCGAUGACAUCGAGGCAACUCUGGGGCCCGAGGUCGCAGACAUCGCACGAAAGCGCAGCGGAAUCCUGAAGUCCAGCGCAGAAGCCACGGAGAGAGCGCUGGUGAAGGAGCACGCGUUUGAGGGAUUGACCCGUGCCGUGGCGAUGGACUGCGAGAUGGUGGGAGUCGGGCGCGACGGGGCGGACAGCAUUCUAGCGCGGGUCUCCAUCGUCAACCACUUUGGCAAAUGCAUCUACGAUAAAUACGUCAAACCCACGGAAACCGUCACGGACUACAGGACGGCUGUCAGCGGAAUCAGACCGAAGGACAUCAAGGACGGCGAGGACUUUAAGACGGUCCAGGAGGAAGUGUCGCAGAUUCUACAAGGAAGAUUAUUAGUGGGACACGCCAUUCACAACGACUUAAAGAUUUUGCUGCUGGAUCAUCCCAAGAAAAUGCUCAGAGACACACAGAAAUAUAAACCGUUUAGGCAGAGGGUGAAGAGUUCACGUCCUGCAUUGCGGGUUUUAUGCAAAGAGAUUCUCAACGUUAAAGUCCAGCAGGGUGAACAUUCAUCUGUUCAGGACGCUCAGGCCACUAUGAGGCUGUACACUCUGGAGAAGAAGCAAUGGGAGGCGAGUCUCAAAGACGCCCGCGCGGGGCAGAAGAGUCUGAGAAAACCAAGGACUCCUAAAAACUCUCAAAUCAAUUUUACUCUGAUCGGCAAAUAAGAAACUCGUCGCAGAGCGUGACAAACUAUGCAGGCAAUUGCUUUUUCAGUGUGGAGUAACGUUAUGAUGAACUGUCUGAAUCUUGUUAUCUGAGGGACGAAACCAUCAAACGCUAUCAGUAAUAUAUGUGAAACUGUUCUAUUGAUCUCUUUUAUACCAAGUAAUAUUAAUUUUCAUUUCCACCCUGUUUGAAAUUACGUGACAGAUGUAACUUUUGGUGUGACGCCACGCUUGAUGUGCUUGUGUGUUGGUUUCUCACAUGGAAGCACACGAAUAAUGGCAAUGCAAAAUUAAAAUCGAUUUAAAGCCA